GAAAACAGGUGUUAAAGAAUAGUACACAAGUUAAUGUAAUGGAUAAUAAUGAAGUAAAGGGUCGGAAGUGUGGAAAGUGUAAGAGAUAUGGACAUUAUGCAAGAACGUGUCAAAAUAUGUAA